AUGAUGAUGGGCGAUGUAGUUGCAUCUCCCAACGCUCUAAAUAACAGAAAAACAACUGCCCGCAGAGACCAUACAGGGCUGAUGCUCUUAGGGAACCACCCACGUGCGACAGGGAACCUCCUAGGAGUGGCCGGGGCCACUUGGGACCCACCCAGGGGCAGUAGAGGCCCCAGGGACCCACCCAGAGGCAGCCAGGAACGUGGAUCCUAUCCAGAUAAGGUGGUGGCCCCUGGGACCCUCCAGGUGCGUCGGGCAGGCGCUCUCAGGGAACCUCCAAGGUGCGGCAGGAAACAUCCUAGGAGUGGCUGGGGCCCUUGGGACCCACCCAGGGGUAGCAGAGGUCCCAGGGACCCAUCCCAGAGGCAGCUGGUGACCUGGUUCUCACCCAGAGACCAUACAGGGCUGACGCUCUUAGGGAACCACCCACGUGCGACAGGGAACCUCCUAGGAGUGGCCGGGGCCACUUGGGACCGACCCAGGGGCAGUAGAGGCCCCAGGGACCCACCCAGAGGCAGCCAGGAACGUGGAUCCUAUCCAGAUAAGGUGGUGCCCCUGGGGCCCUCCAGAGACCAUACAGGGCAGGCGCUCUCAGGGAACCUCCAAGGUGCGGCAGGGAACAUCCUAGGAGUGGCUGGGGCCACUUGGGACUCACCCAGGGGUAGCAGAGGUCCCAGGGACCCAUCCCAGAGGCAGCUGGUGAACUGCUUCUCACCCAGAGACCAUACAGGGCAGGCGCUCUCAGGGAACCUCCAAGGUGCGGCAGGGAACAUCCUAGGAGUGGCUGGGGCCCUUGGGACCCACCCAGGGGCAGUAGAGGCCCCAGGGACCCACCCAGAGGCAGCCAGGAACGUGGAUCCUAUCCAGAUAAGGUGGUGGCCCCUGGGACCCUCCAGGUGCGUCGGUGACCCUUCCAAAGGCGGCUGGGACUCAUUGGACCCUCCCAUGGACGGCGGCCCCCCCCCCCCUAUUAUCAUUGCAUGGAUUGCAGGGGCCCCAGGAACCCUCAUAGGGGCGGCAGGGCCUCUGCAACCCUCCGACAAGCGACGAUUGGCAGGCGCUCUCAGGGAACCUCCAAGGUGCGGCAGGAAACAUCCUAGGAGUGGCUGGGGCCCUUGGGACCCACCCAGGGGUAGCAGAGGUCCCAGGGACCCAUCCCAGAGGCAGCUGGUGACCUGGUUCUCACCCAGGGCUGGCGCUCUCAGGGAGCCUCCAAGGUGCGGCAGGGAACAUCCAAGUAGUGGCUGGGGCCAUUGGGACCCACCCAGGGGCAGCAGAGGCCCCAUGGACCCAUCCCAGAGGCAGCUGGUGACCUGGUUCUCACCCAG